AUGCCGAGCUUGACAGUGAAAUUGUACAGCGUGCUCUUCAAGUUCAUCCUCAAACGCAAAUUACAAACCCUAAUUGAAAACCCAAAUUCUAAUCCUAAUUCCAUCUCGCAUGGGGUAGUUUCAAGGCCUGAUGAAAGCAUCGCAGCUGCAAAUCCCAGCUUUUCAAUGGACGGCGUCGCCACCAAGGAUCUACAUAUUGACCCUUUUACCUCACUUUCGAUCCGGAUUUUUUUACCGGACUCUGCGAUUGGUUCUCCUAAAUCGGUGCCCAAUAUUAGGGUUAGGGCUCCAUCGAACAAGAGUUUGAAGAAUUUAGGGAAAGUUUCGGAAAUUGGGGUUGUUUAUGGGGGCUAUUUGCCGGAGAAGAACGGGAAAAAUUGUAGGAAAUUGCCCAUUAUAUUGCAGUUUCAUGGAGGGGGAUGGGUGAGUGGGGGGAAUGAUACAGUGGCUAACGACAUGUUUUGUAGGAGAAUAGCGAAAUUAUGCGACGCAGUGGUGGUGGCAGUAGGUUAUAGAUUGGCCCCAGAGAGUAGGUACCCGGCUGCGUUUGAGGAUGGAGUGAAAGUCUUGAACUGGUUGGCGAAGGAGGCGAAUUUGGCAGAGUGCAGUCGGUCAUUGGGGAAUGGGAGGAUUGAAGGUGAAGGUAUCGGUUCAUUGGGACGAGAAGGGAGGAGGCAGCAGAUUGUUGAUGGGUUCGGUUCAUCCAUGGUUGAGCCAUGGUUGGCUGCUCAUGGAGACCCAUCUAGAUGUGUUCUCCUUGGAGUCAGUUGCGGUGCCAAUAUCGCCAACCACGUGGCGCAACAUGCAGUCAAGGCGGGCAACCUUUUGGACCCUAUAAGAGUGGUAGCACAAGUCCUUAUGUAUCCUUUCUUCAUCGGAAGUGCACCGACACGUUCUGAGGUUAAGAUGUGUAAUUCUUACCUUUAUGACAAAUCUAUGUCCAUUCUUGCAUGGAAACUCUUUUUACCUGAAGAAGAAUUCAACUUGGACCACCCAGCUGCUAACCCUCUUACCCCCGGGAGAGAGAUACCCCUGAAGUACAUGCCACCGACACUGACAGUAGUGGCUGAACAUGAUUGGAUGCGGGAUCGAGCCAUCGCAUACUCUGAGGAGCUUCGAAAGGUUAAUGUGGAUGCCCCCGUACUUGAUUACAAGGAUGCUGUACAUGAAUUUGCUACCCUCGACGUGCUUCUCAAGACCCCUAAAGCCCAAGCUUGUUGUGAGGAUAUUGCUAUAUGGGUUAAGAAGUAUAUAUCUCUCCGAGGGCACGAAUUUUCUUACUAA